AUGGCGAAAACAAAGACACCCGUCAUAGACCUCGAGCAGGAUGAAGAUGGCUGGAUUGGCGGUGGGGCUAGCCAGAGCAUCUACGCUCCCAAGCCCAACGCCAAUCCUACCUCUCACAUGUCUCCUCCUCCUGCGCCAAAAGCCACCGCCAAACCAUCACCCAAAACACCAGCCCGAGACAAAUCCUCCCGAUCUUUACGAGGACGCAUGGAUAUGGCGCAGACUCCCCCACCCAAAUCGCGCAAUGCUAAUCACAACAGUGCAGCAGAGGCCUCCCCAUCAUCCACCACCACACCUUCGCCCUCCAAUCAGCAAGAAUCUACAUCACCCUUCCGUACAACCCCCUCACAAGGCAUUCGCAGACCCAGCGCAAAGAUCCCCUCUCCUCUACCACUCACCAGUCCUGCACGCAACAAUGGCCCAGUCUCACCACUCAACACUCGCACACCACUAAGCGCUUCCCACCCUAUCCCGGAAACUCCGCUUAAGCUAUCGCAGCGUGGUGGACCCCAAACUCCCGCAACACCUCAUUAUCCUAUCUAUCCUCGCCACUCGCAUUCGAAUAGUCAAGAUGAUGAUGCAGCACGUGCAAGCGGUCUCGGUUUGGGUUUGACGCCGCUGAAACAGUCAGUACCCCUUGCACCGAGUCCAGACAAUGUCAGGAGUGCAUUGGACGAUGCAUUGCAUUUGCGCGGUAGAGCGGCGUCUAACGCUUCAAUCGGGUCCCCGCUCAAGUCGGGUAGGAGUGAUUUACAUGGUGAACCGCUCGCACUCGGCAGCUCGCAGGGAGGAGGAGGGAAUGGUCAGAUCGACUCAAUGCUGGAUCGUCUUGGUAACGCUCGUUCGGGGUUGGGGACCAGUGCGAGUAUGUGGGCUCCAAAACCAGCACCUAGCCACAACAGUGCAAAUACCUCGUCAUCUAGCUCCAAUAUGUCGCAUACGAUCGGAUCGGGAUUCUCAGCAAGCAACCUACUCGGAGUGCAAACCGGUCUUGAUCGCAAACGACCCAGUCAUCGCCCGAACGGCUUGCAAUUGAGCUUGGGACAAGAAAUCAGCGUUAUGCAAAAACUGGCAGAGGGUGCGGAAGAAGAGUACCCCACAUCUAACGUUUCCUUCGCUACUGUUGGGAAGACUUUCAAAAUCGAUCCUCCAGCAGAUGGCGACCAAGAUGGGUGGCAAGGAAUUGUAGUUCCCCCAACCCCGUCCCUCGGAUGCGACUCACCUGAUUCUGAGGACGGUGCCAAAGCGCCCCCCUCUCGCAGCCUGGAUGCGUUUGGUUGGGGAAACUCCGAACCGCGCAAAUCUUCUCUCUUCUCCAAACUGCCAUCCUCCUCAACCCUCGAAGCGAAUUGGAGUGGAGACGAUGACGACGAUCGUAAAGACGAUGUCGAAGUAUUCGAAGAUAUCCAACGAGCCGCAAGAACCUCGAAAGACAAACGCCAUUCUCCACUCCCCCCGCCAUCUUCGAUCAAAUAUGGGAAAUCGAGAACUCCCUCACCCACGCAUCUUGGUCUACUAGCAAAAUCGCCUCAGCUUGAAGAUAAGGGUCGGACUUCACCUUUGCCUACUCCAGCCGGGGUAGAGGGAGGGAUGAAGCGAUUGUCGCCAGCUUCGGGGAGGUUGCAGUUGCCCUUGACGCAAGAUUCAGAUGGGGACGAUGCGGAUGUUGAGACUGAAAACCUCUUUUCGGAAGGGAGGGAGAGGAAAGGUAAAGCGCAAGAAGGAGCGGAUAGUUUGCAGGUAAACGCCGGAGGGUUAGAGAAGAAACGUUCUUUGAAAAGAGAUAAAUCUGAGAGGAUAAGGGGUAGAAGAGCUAGUCAGAGUAAGGAGAAGGAUGUGAAAUUGACGACCACCAAUCCUGUACAGGGUAGUGCUACAGUUUCACUUCCCACCUCGAACUUUGCUUCUAAAAGUGGUGGUGAGGAUUUGGUGCAGAGUAUCGAGAAGGUUAGCUUGAACGAUGAAGCUAAGCCUCAGCUAGCAGCAAUUGCAUCGAAGACCGAAACACCGGUGGCGCAGAGGGUGCAAACUAUCCCAACAGUAAAAGAUGAUCUGUUCUCCUCGCCCGCUGAGCCAAAGGACGACCUGCCCUGCACUGAGGUCAAGGCAGAGGAGCCUACGCCACCAACGUCUACUUCAGCAACACCAGCACCAGCAGAACCAUCACAGCACAAGGAAACGAACAAAGAGGCAAAGGAGGAGGAAAUGAAGAAAGAUGAAGAGAAAACACCCGAACCAACCUCCAGGAAACAAAUGUCAUUCGAUUGGGCAGCAGACGACGAACUCGGUGAUGAACUUCCAGAUCUUGAUGACUGGGGGGUGACCCUUACUCCUGUCAAGCCAAUCACAUCUUCUGCUGCUCAUACCGAAACUGAAUCGGUGCCUAAGACUUCUACCCAGAAUCAAAACAAGGGUGGGGGGAGAAAUGGGAAGAGUAAGCCUGAAGAAGGAGUUUGGAGACGAGGAGGGAUGCUUGAUGCCCCGCCCAAAGGCAAAGCUUCAGGAGACAGGAAAUCAAGUGGAAAAACAGGCCGAGUAGGGAGCAAGACCCGUGCUGGAGUGGGGAUCCGAAUUGCAGGUAGAGCCAAAUGCGGCUCACUCUCCCCAGAGCCAGAAUCAGUUGCACCUCCUGCUAGCACUCCCUACGGUCGUUGGAAAACCACUCUUUCUAACACUGCAGCGAAAGAAGAUCAAGGACUAUCGAUCAAAGGUAUCGCCUCUACAAAUCGCAAGCCUGCCACCACCGGGCCCAUAAAAGACGUCAGACCGCGUAUUGCAGCAGACCGAGGCGCACUAACGAAACUUAUCGCCCCCGAUGCAGGCCAACCACAACAACCCAAAGUUGGCGGAGGGGAGAGAGGGUCAAGGAAGAAUUCGCCCGCAGUGGACAAGGGAGCGGAAUGGAAAAAGGGAGCUAGUGUUAAGUAUAGUACUCAUGCACCACCUAGUGGAGCAUCUACUAGGAAGAGAGGCGGUUUCGGGGCAAAGAAAUAA